UUUUUAUUAUUUUAUUUUUGAGCAGUGAGUGGAGGAGGUGGAGACUCUAGAGAUAAUCGUGUUCUGUUGGCUAUUGCUUAUUUGCUCACUUCUUAGUUUCUUUAAGAAAAAUAAAAUAGGAAUAAAACAUCAGUAAUUAGAAUGUUAGGUGCAUAAAAAACAAGAAAUACAUAAAUUUCUUACUAUUCCCAUUUUGGUAGAAACAAAAGCAGUCAUCACAAUCAACAAUGUCAGAUUCAGACGAUGAUUACAUGUCUUUCAAAGUGCUAAUGGAUUGUCAAGAAGAUGUACGCCCCAGCCUCUUGGUGAAUAAAGAAAAACGCAAGCUCGAAAUCUAUAAAAAGAAAUUGGAAACUAGUAACAAACGUCAAAAAACUUUGGGAGAAUUAGAAAGGGAAAACCGAGAAAUAGGACUCAGCACAGCUAUUUCCAAUGAAAACAAAGGUUUCCGAAUGUUGGAGAAAAUGGGCUUCAUGCCUGGAGACACUCUUGGCAAAUCGAGACCUGGCAUCAAGGAACCUAUUGAUAUUGUUUUGAAACAAGGAACUUCUGGAGUAGGCAGGGAAUCUCACAUCAAAGAAGUACAAGCUAGGAAACAGCAGUACAGAGUUAAAAAUCUCAAGCACUACGAAAUGCAAUUUCGAGUUGCCAAUAAGGAAAGGAAAAACUUUGCACAAAUACGCAAAGAUUUCUUUAAGGCUCAAAAAAUUUGUGAGGAAUUAGAUUUCAGAAGCAAAAUCAAAGACCCUAUUGAAGAUUUCUUUUGGCCCAAAGAGACAAUAAAAAGGCGCCGAAAGAUGGAAAAAACAGAAAAAGAAUAUUCUGACGAUGCUGGCACAGAUAGCAGCGAUGAAGAUGAUGAAUUUGAACAGUACAUAACUGAAGAAAAUUUAUUUGCAAUAAUUGAUUACAUCAGGAAUAAGCAUGUAUAUUGCCUGUAUUGUGUAAUAACUGGAAUAGAUAUGGAAGAUCUUAAAGAAAAUUGUCCAGGUCCAUAUCGAAUUGAUCAUGAUAAUGAGUUUGACUGAAUUUUAAUUUCUUUCAUUAAUUAUAGUCCUAAACUUCCGUGGAUAUGUCGCAGGCAAAUGGCUUUUGUCUAGGUAAAUACUAUUUGAUUAAAAAUAUAUUAGCCUCAACUGAUUUCAGAAAAUAAAAAUAUAUUUUUAACAAAAUAUACUUAUAACUCAAUAAAAUAUAUAUAAUUUUAAUGUAAUGUUAAACAUAACACACAAACUGCAAACAAUAUAAUUAUAAUUUAAAAUAUAAUAAUAAAUAAUCACUCGUUUUGAGUGCUGGAAUGACAUGGUGUGGUGUUCAUUUUGAGACUUGAAUCUUGAUACAGACAUUUCCAUGGCUAAUUAGUAACAAAAUGCAACAAUACCAAAGCAAAUUUAGACAAAAAAACUAUCUGGAAAGUCAUAGUCUAUUCAAACACUCGGAAAGAUGGGAAUUUUGUUAUAAUGAAAAGUAAUUGACAAAAUGGGUGUUAGACAAUUCCAGUAAAUACUGCAAACGCCAUUUAGUAGGCGAUAAUUUAAAUAAAAAUUAUUUUUUCAAGCCAUUAGUCUACCCAGAUGCCAUUUGCGUAGAUAAAAGACGUUUGCCUAAAAUAACCAUUUGCCUGUGGCAGAAAUAUUUGGUCAGAUUCUAUUAUUUAUUUUUUUAUAUGUCAUAGUUUUCCGUCUAUGUUUAAAGCUCAGAAAAUGAUUUGCGGUUGUUUAUUUUAAUACCCAAGCAACAAUUCGCACAACACAUACUAAAUUUAACAGAAGUAAACGUCACCAUUUGUGACAAUUUUUUUUUUGUUUUCAAAAAAUCCAUAUGCCUAAUAUAAAGUCGCGCAUGUUUCCAGCACCUAUCCUAUAUGUUUCCAGUAAACUGUUGUUCGUUGUGGCAUCUUAGUGCUGAUAUACCAAUUAUUUAAGGGUACUCAAAUAUUCCUUAGGUAUUCAACAACCCAUAUAUCAGCUCGCGAACUAAUGUUAAAGUGGGUCUUAUUGUUGUUUAUAACGUCUGCUGCCCACUUCAAGUCGCAUUUGACAAAGUAAGGGUCGACAAAUUGUUGCUUAGGUAGUCCAUGUUUAAAUGCAAAUAAUUUUUCAAGUGUAACCAAAGAUUUUUUUAUUUACUUGGCAGUAAAAAAUAAACAUCUCAAAUCAAUAAAUAAUUGUGAAAAGUGAUAUUGUUUACUUAUACUUUGAGCUCAGCACAGGAAGACGGCCUAAUGACAUAAAUAAUUAUUUUGUUGGCAUUUUUUCUAUUCCUUCUAUUAUAAACUCUAAAACGAUUUUGGAGGCUAUAGAUUCUCUCUCAAAUGAGUCUAUUUAUCUUGUAUAUAUGUUUAUGGCUCCUUUUAUUGCCUAUACUUUUUACGUUACUAUUAUGGGAUUGAUAUUUUGUUUGAAAGCAGUAGGCAAUAAUUGAGUGCUGGGAAAAUAAUAGGUAGGGUAGGUAAUACCUACUUUGAUUUGCUAUUUUUAUAUAGAACUAGGUUCAUAUAACUAUUCUACAGACUUGAUUGCCUAUACUUUUUAUGUGUUAUUAUUAUCGGAGUGAUAUUUGUUUUGAAGCUGUAGGCAAUAAUCGAAUGCUGAGAAAAUAAUAUUUUUUCUGUGAUGGGAAAAAAGUAUAUGUAUGGUCAAAAAAAAUAAUAGUGUACCUAUAGAUGGAAAAAAGUGAGAUUUUCCCGUCACAGAGAAAAAUAGUGUAUUAUAGAUGGGAAAAAAGUAAGAUUUUAGCGCUUGCUGUGUUGUCUCCUUCCGCUUUGCGCCGCGGGAGACAAACCACACCUCACGCUAAAAUCUAGUACUUUUUUCUUUUGUAUAAUAAAUAACUAUUACUUUAUUUUAUCUUUAUGUUUUUGUUAUUUUCAUUGACUUAUCUUAUAUAUGUAAAGCUUAUUUUUAUUUAGAUGAAAAAUAAAUAAUUGUUUAACAGGAGUUUCAAAAACAUCAAAUAAUUUACCUAAUUCGUUUCAA